UUGUCCUGGCUGCCCUGGGCAGCACAGCGAGGCAGAGGUGCCCGAGCCCCCCCAGCCAGGUCAGGGCUGGGAGCCAGCGAGGCCGGGCUGGGACUGCGGGGCCAUGUCAGGUGUCCACUACAAGUUCUCCUCCAAGCUGAGCUACGACGUGGUCACAUUUCAUGGCCACAGCAUCUCCCUGGGUGACCUCAAGCGCCAGAUCAUGGCCCGUGAGAGGCUGAAGGUGGCCAACUGCGACCUGCAGAUCCUCAAAGCUGAUACCAGCGAAGAAUACUCCGAUGAUGCACAGAUCCCAAAGAAUGUCUCUGUGAUCGUGAAGAGAGUCCCAGCUCGAGCUACAGCUCCUAAAUUUCACCAACCCAUAGGAAAGGCUUCCAGGAACCAAAAUGAGCCAGUGAGGGGAACAUCCAAGGCAAUUUCUGACUCUUCUGUCCCUCUUUCUCUGGCCCAGCUCAUUAAGACCGCAAAUCUGGCUGAGGCCAAUGCUGCAGAGGAGGACAAGAUCAAAGCCAUGAUGAUCCAGUCCUGCCGUUACUAUGAGCCCCUCAAUGACCUGAAGACACCCUUGGGUCCUGUUCCAUCAUCAUGUACCAGCCCUGUUCCUAGGCUUAAAAGGAGCUCAGGAAUUCCCAUGAGUUUUAUGGUGGAGGUGAAGGACCCCAACACAAAGGGAGCAAUGCUUACUCCCAGUGGGAAAUAUGCCAUCCCAAUUAUUAAUUUAAGACAACAUCCACAGCCAAGGUGUCCAGCUGGAAUGGAGCCUCCAAUAAAAAAAGUGAAGAAGGCAGAGAAGCCAGUUUAAUUCACGUUCUUCAUUCUUCAUUCAUGUUCUGUAUUCAUGUUCUCAAUUAUUUCUUCUUUUCUUGUUCUACCUUCCCAUUCUUAUGUCAUUGUUUUUUGUUCAUUGUUCUUAUUUCAUGUUCAUAAUUGAUAGUUCACCUGUUCUUGUUCAUCUUCACUGCUCUUAUUUCAUCUUCCAACAAUCUCUUGCAAGAUAUAUUUGGACAAUAAACAGCUCAGCAUUGCAAGGAA